GCCCGGGGCUCGAAAACUUCCCGAACUCGUCGACGCCGCACGCGAAGCGGAUGCAGUUGCCGCCGUCUCGCGUGCCAAAGCAGACGCCUCGAGGGCAGGUGUCUCCCCCCGCACCUCGACGUUAAACUCGGGGGAUCAGACCUGCUCGGACUGAAGUUGUUACCUGGGCUGUUCUUUUCCAUAACAGCUGCACACGCUGACUUGCACGGGGGAUUCAUACAUGAGUCAAAAUUAAAAGGGGGGGGAGAUCCCAGGUUCAGGUUGGGUCAUGGGGGGUUGCAGCCGUCGGGCUGGACGAGCUGCAAGGAAGAGGAGGCAGAAAUGCGAAAGCACUGUCCAGUCUGUCUCUCUGUGUCACCAGCUGCCGUAUGUGAGGCUGAUGAAGUUUCUUCACCAACGAGGAUUCACCUCAGCACUGCUGCAGCCAGCCCUGUUCACCGACACGGGCAGAGGACUGCAGACUCUCAAAACUAUCAAGCCUGGCCAGCUGGUGAUUUCUCUCCCAGAGCACUGUCUCCUCACGACCUCAGCUGUUCUGAACAGCUACCUGGGACAGUAUUUCAAGAGCUGGAAACGCCGUCUCUCUCCCCUGCUGGCGCUCUGUGUCUUCCUGGUGUGCGAGCGGCACCGAGGAGAGGCCUCCGACUGGCUCCCCUACAUCGACGUGCUGCCCGCCACUUACACCUGCCCCGCCUGUUUCCCCGAUGACGUCAUGGCCGUUCUGCCCACCAGCGUGCGAAGGCGGGCCGCAGAGCAGAGGGAGGCAGUGCGAGAAAUCCAUUCCUCCAAUCAGGACUUCUUCGGAUCCCUGCAGCCAAUCCUGAGUCGGCCUGUGGAGGAGGUGUUGACAUAUGAAGCGGUGAGGUGGGCAUGGUGUAGCGUCAACACACGCUCUGUCUUCAUGUCCCAGCCAUCCAACGACUUCCUGUCUGGAGAGGAUGUUUAUGCAUUAGCUCCUUUCCUGGACCUGCUUAACCACCGGCCCGACGUGCAGGUAAAGGCAAGUUUCAACGACGUGACAAGAUGCUACGAAAUCAGGAGCGUGUCCGGGACACUGCGCUACCAGCAGGCCUUCAUAAACUACGGCUCCCAUGAUAACCAGCGUCUGCUGCUAGAGUACGGCUUUGUCGCCCCCGGCAACCCCCACAGUGUGGUCUAUGUAGACACAGAUCUCCUUUGUGAUGUUUUAAGAGGCGACAGGAGUUUGAACCAGAAGAUCAAGUUCCUCAAAGGCAACAACCUCCUUCAUAAUCUCACUGUAUCCAGCGAAGGCCCCAGUUGGAGGCUGAUGACAGCUCUCAGACUGUUGUCCAUGCCACAAACCCUCUAUCACCAGUGGAAGGCAGUGUUGCUUGGCCAGGCGGUGUGUGAAGAGAGGGAAGAGUGGAGCAUCCGCACCGCUAAGACUCUCUGUCAGCGACUACUACAAGACACACACACGGCUCUGGAUAAGAUCUCAGACCUCCUGCGGCAGCGUGACCAGUCAGUCAGGGAGCAGCUAGACGUGGUCAGGUCACUGCGACUGGAAGAGAGGUGCAUCCUGGGACGCUGUCUUGAGGUGCUUCAAGGCAUGAUGAAACAUCCAGACGAACCGCUGACAUGCCAACCUGAUGUUGACACUGUGAGCUGACGCCUGCUUGGUGCUCUGGCCGGCCGGUUGCUACAAGAAGCCAGGUUAUUGGCUGAGUCUGGUGACACUGGACAGUUGUCGACCAGUAUGGCUGACAAAGGCAGCGGGAUUUCCUGACGCCCUGAAUCCAGGUUUGAUUCCCGGUAUGCUCAGAGAGCAUCUGCCCUGUCAUAAUGACCCCAGUGAAGACAGUGAGACUCUCAUCACCACCAUCAUUUGAGCCAAGUAAAGGUUCCAGAUACAGUGUUCUGGACUCAUGUAAGACAGGAUUGUGAGGAAACCGGGUAAAGAGGAAACCAAAACGGGCAGAUCUGGCAGCAAGGACUGCGAUGGAUUUCUUAAAGACAUUUUCAGCUGUCAGUCAUGUUGUUUUAUGUAUUUUAUUUAUUUAUGUUCUGAUUAAAUGGCACAGUACAGUAAUUAAAAAAAAAGAUUCUCUAAUCCUUUCCCUUCAAGAGCUGGCUUUUCGUUCAAGU